AAUAGCUAAGAAGGUUUCAAGUUUCACUCCAGGCUUUUACUCUCAGAAUUAUCUGGUAAUAGUAAGAGGUGGAUAAUAAUAGCGAUGGAAAGGCGGUCCUUAAAGCGUUACUAAAUAACGUAAUCGGUCGACCGCUUUUCAUCGCACAAGUUAAACACAUUUAAUUAUUUGAGUGUUACCUCAAUGCGAUACACAGCAGAUUUUUACAUUCGUUCGAAUGAUCUAGGACCGACCAUUCUAUUUAUUACUUCCAAUUUCCAUUUCCAACAAUCAUUUGGUUUCAUGGCUGGCACUUGAACCUCAGUUGACAUUAGUUCGGAACGCACUGUAUAGCAUCCACAAUAUUUGCUUAUGGGCACUGGCACUGAUAAUGCAGACUCUGACUGAACUGUAUCGUGUGAAAUCCUGCGAUACCUUAGCUCCAGUUGCUGUCAGCAUUGUCGCCGUGGCAGCCAAAGAAAUCGAGACUUUGAAACAGACAUUGCAAGAGAAGGAGAACCACAUUUUAGUUAUGGAGCAGGUAUGCCUCUCAGAGUCCGAACAUCAGGCCGAACUGGAAGACAGCAUAAUUGCCUGGCAGGAUAAAUACGAUCGUCUCUAUGAGUCACACAAACGUGUUCAAAAAGUCAAUCAAGGCCUGGAGGAUAAGCUACUGAAGCUAGUAGAUCGUAAUACCGCCGAAAGGGCGCAGCUAACAAGUGAUGUCGCAACGUUGAGUGUUCGUUUGGCGCAGGCGAACUUCAAUAUAUCGAAACUCCAGAGAGAAAUUGAACGGUACAAAACUGACAUCAAUUUGGCUAUACAAUUACUGCAGUGUAAACCCGAUAGCUUUGUGCCCCAAAAGAUUUCUUCGCUGCCCAUCGACAUCCAGUCCAAAGUGUCAUCGUACAUGCGUGUGGAUACAAAUUCCCAUUCCGAUUCGGAGGGCAGCAUUACCGGAGUGGGUAUCACAACAACAACUGCCUAUAAAGUGCUUCCCGCAAAUGAUUCGCCUCCGCGCGAAACAUGUCCCUUUCCCCCCACCGCCAUGGUAUAUUCGAUGAGGGGACUUGCUUCCCCACUCACAUAUACCCACAUCCAUCCUCCCACCAAGUAGCACAAUAUGUAUUUGUUUCAGUGCAAGUACGCUAGCUGCACACACACACACACACACACAUAGAGACCAGAGACAAAGGUGUACAUUCUCUUUGAUGCAUUCUAAGAGAGCUAACAUUCUGAUGAAGAGGGUCCUUUCCAAUGCACCUGGCUGGUCAUAUGUCGUGCUGUGUGUCCAGUUAAUUUUGUGGUUUUUAGUUGCAUUUAAGGCCUAUUUCGGUUUGUAUAACUCAAAUGUGAGACGGAACGUGGCAGUGUCCGUUGUGCUGAAGCCUUUGUUUGAGGACAGCAAAUAUUCAAUAUCACGCAACGAUUUCAAACCCUACACCAACAAAUCUCGGUGGCUUUCGAAGUAAAAUUGAAAAUCGCUAUUGGCGUUGUGUCGUUGUGGUCGCUUUCAUUGGGUUUUAAUUGUAAAUAUUUGUUAGCCUUGAUUGUUUUUUUUUUUCA